AUGAGUUGCUUGACAAAAAGUCUCUCAAGAUUCCAGGUUCUUUUUAUAGCUCUACUUUCGUUAACCAUACUAUUUUGGCUUCUUGUUGCUUAUGUUGACAUACAGAGCUUUUUAACUCUAGAAGCCGAUGAUACCGAAAUGUUGGGUGAGCUUAACAAGCCUAAUUCGUUUCUGAAUAAGACAGAAAGAGAACAUAAUUAUAAGCCUAAUUUCAAAGAAAAACAAGGAGAUGAAAAAAAUUACACCAGUCCAGAUGAGAAAAAUCACCUUAGUGAUAGCAAUUUCAAAAGGGACUCUGACACAAUUUAUGAUCAGAAAUCCGAAGCAAACUUAAACGAAACAGCAGUAAUAGAUUCAGAUUUAAGCCAAAUUGACUCUAAAAACAAAAAUCUUGGCCCAAAUAAUGAUAAAGUCAGUCAAUCCAAUUAUGAAGGAAAUCCUCUUAUUGGCCAACUUAAUAAUUCAGGGUUAUCAGAUAUUCCAAAAAAUUAUUCUGCUGGGUCAGGGGAAGAGCAAAAUCCUAUUCUUGAUAAAGAUAAUUUUUUAAAUUCUGACCUUAACUUAACUUAACUUAUUAACCAUCACGUUUAACGUCUCCUACGGGGUUGCUCUUCCAGGACUAUCACCACGCUCUCGUCGCUCGGGGCCCACUAGUUGCUGGGACAACUAGCUCUGAUCUCCAACGUGCGCCUCCUGCGCAAUGUUCCGGCUUCGACGGCUCAUGAAUGAGCUACUUUCUCUGUAACAAGGGUUGUCUGCUGGGAAAUUCCAAAAAAUGGGAUUUCUGGCCGACUUUCGGCAAAAGGGGAAAACUUGUAGCCCGGGGGCGAAACUCCCGGUUUCUCGCUAGAGAUUUGCCCGAAUGACCUAGGAAUUACUUGUAGGCGUUGCUGGGCUUCUCCUUUCCAAUUCCAAGCCUCCUCUUCCCUCGAGGUAAAAUCCUAACCCGAGAACGGACUGGGAUCAGGCUCUGUACACUGCCAGAAUUGCUUACCUGAUAUUGCUGUCCCAUCUCUAGCUAGGCAAAACCUUGCCGGAUAUAAUUAAAUAGGGCUCGAAACUGUCUGGCCGAGAGGCCAGACCCAAGUUGAGACGCCAUAUUUUAAAUUAUAUUUUUAAAUUCUGACCAAUUUAUUGCAAGUGAAACUGAAAAUUUUGACCCUCUUAGUGCUCAUAAAAAAGAUUCUAGCAAUAAAAAUAUUUCUUUAGAAAUCGACUAUGAAAUCAUUAAUAAAGAGCCUGAUAACACUAUUUCUGAUGGACUAUCAGAAAUGAAUCAUUCGGACUCCAAUGUUACUCAAAAAGAAAAAGACUUACUCCCUCUGUGAGCGAAAAAAAACUAUUAGAAAAUCCCUGUUUUUUGGUAAAAGCCUACGUUUGAUUUUUAAAAAGCUUGCAUUUAAAGCUUAAAUUUUACAAAUUAAGUUAAUUUUUGCUUUAAAAUAAUUUCGAAUUAGAAUUUUUUAUAUUUUGAGGAUGGGCGAUUAAAAGAUUUAAAAAGCUAUUCUGUUGAAAUUUCAUCAGAAUAUUUAACACCUAGCCUUAAAAUCAAAAAUCCAAAUAUCCAAUGCGUUCCAUCUAUUUAUGGCUACACAAGAGAUCAAGCAAAAUCUAGAUUCCCAUAUGGUAGUAAAAGAUCGUUUGGCUGCGGAGAAAAUUUCAGCACUUUUACGCUGAAAGACAAUUUCCUCUAUUUCAACUGCAGCCCAGGACAAUACAAUCUAGGGAAUGCUCCUGAAAAUGAGCUUCUUGGAAAUGUCCCAUUUAUUCAAACGUGAGUCCACUACACAACUCCUGUGAACUUAGGAAAGAUCGAAUUUGGCUUUACAAAAUGCCAGGAAACCAAAAAACAAGCAUUUCUCCACAACAAAUUAUCAGAUUAUGCUUCAAAUAGGGCUCAAGAAAAGCGAAAAUCCAUAGAAAAUAGCUUAAAUCUAACAUCGUCAAAGCCUUUAACAGUCUUAACAGUGGUAUUUGACUCAGUAUCCAGGCAGCACUUCUAUCGCAUACUAACCAAAACAGUAGAUUUUAUGAAUCAAAAUAUAGCAAAGGGGAAUUUUUCAGAAAAAUUCGCUAUAUAUGAUUUUCAAAUUGAGCAUGCCAGCGGGGAAAACACUUUGCCAAACAUUGUCCCUUUGCUUCUUGGAAAUUCAUAUGAUGAUCAUAAGGCAAAAGUGAAGGGUUUUACCUUGACAACUCAAGCUCAAGAGAGUUGGCUAAGAGUUCAAGAAGAAGAUGCGCUUUGAAAACACUAUGAAAGACAAGGCUUUGUGACUAUGUUUGGUUGGGAAACCAAAUGGGAUUAUUUAUCAUUUAUGGUCGGUAGAAAAGUUUUUGCUGACCACGUUGUAAGUAGCCUUUAUAACGCUGCAUGGACCCAAGUCGGCUUUUGUGACGUCUGCGAUGGAGCCCGGUGCAUCGGUAACCAAUAUUCCCAUCAGUUUCUAUUUAACUAUACCAAAGAAUUUAUUAGAAACUACAAAGACCAUAACAAAUAUUCAUACAUACAUUUUUCACAUGGCCACGAAUGGACUGGCUCUGUAAUUCGGUCAAUUGAUGAGGACUUUGUAGCUUUUAUUAAGGAUGUGCUAGAAUAUUACGCAAAUAAUCACGAGGACUUAGUGUUAGUUCUGGCGUCCGACCAUGGGAUCCACUUACUCCCCCUCCAUGAGCAAAAAAACAAUGCAAAAUUCCUACUUUUUGGGUAAAAGCCCUACCCUCAUGAGAGAACAAAAAAUUUUUUAUUGUAAAAUUGUUUCGAUGUAUAAAUGAUAAUUAUAUAAUAAAAUCUCUAGCUAAUUCUGUUUAAUUUUAAACAGCUUGCAUUUUAAAACAUAAAUUUCUAUAAAUUAAAUUAACUUUUGCUUUCCAAUUUUGUAAAUUGAAAAAAUUAACCCCCUUCUCGCUCACAGAGAGGGGAGCUAGGAUCGUGAGACUCUAUUGAAGAAGGAAGGAUUGAGAAUUUGCUGCCUUACUCUUUUGUGAUAACCAAUAAAGAAAUUUUGGAAAAAAUAGGAAAAGAUACCCAUGAAAUUUUGAGUCACAAUACCCAGCAUAUUACAAGUAAAUUCGAUAUGCAUUUGACGUUAAAAUAUAUGGCGAAUGUCCCAUAUGAGAUUAUUGAAAAGGACUCGCCGAAAUAUAUCGAACUGAAAAACAAUAAGCCUAAGCUGAAAACAGCUGUCUCCUUAUUUGUGGAGAAAAUUGAUGAUAAUCGUAAUUGCGAAGAUAUAGGAAAUCCUGUUUAUUGGUGUACGUGCUUGAAAUAUGAGGAAAAGAAAGUUGAUGGGCUGGAAGAUCUAAUUAUUCAUAUAGGAAAUCAAGCUGCUUAUGAGAUUAAUGGACGAAUUAAAAGAGAAUACAUGCAAAAAUAUUGCAUCUCUCCAAUGGAAUUCGAAAAGGCCAUUUCUGUUGAGCAUACUCCUAUAAAAGGAGUUUCUGAGCCUGAUACUGGACUCUAUAAAAUAAAAUACCCUGUGAAAGACCAUCCAGACUACUUUUUUUCUGUGCAGGCUGUCGCAGUCCCUGAAAAAGUAUUUUAUAAAUUCGAAAAGAUUAGAUUAGAUUAGAUUAGAUUAGAUAAAAUUAUAGCGGGUCGUCGGGGUUUAUUUCAGCCCCUCUCCGUCCAACGGAUAGCUUCGCGUUGGCGCUAAGCGCUAUCCUCACACACACCUUUUCCCUACUGAUGUCCACAAAAAAUGGUGACAUCAGAGGUCUGUCGGGGAGAAAACCUACCGUUCGGCUGAGCCUUUCUUGGUCCCAAGAUUCAGCCAAAGACUCCCUCAACCUCUGACAGGGCUCAGAGUAUGGGUGAACCGUCUUUUGCCUACUCCAUGGCCCUGUCGGGACCUUAUUGCAGGUCCAAGAUUGCUCCCCAUGGAGUAGCCUCGGGACUUUGCGCCGGUAGGGGCUUCUGUAGGUAGGGAAAAAAAGAGAUCUAAGGUUAUCCCUUAGACCAAAAACCCACCCCGGAGAACUAUUGCAUGUGGCUCGCCUUUCCUGGCCCAAAUCAACUCACGGGUUGUCAGGAGUCCACGUCAGAUCACGCCAUUUUAAUAAUUUAUUCGAAAAGAAGAAUGUAGAAAAUGACUGAUUUCCUAUCUCCUUUAUCUCUACAAAUGGACAACAAUAUAAAGUCCAAGUGCAAUAUAUAGCCAGAAUUAACGAGAAAAACGACAUCUGCAUGGAAAUGGAAGCGUCAAUUGGCGGAAAAAUUUCUUUUUGUGUUUGUCAGAAGCCAAAAGACUAUAAAUUUACCCCAGAUCUGGAGGAAAGCCAAACCAAAUUGUAUGAAAAACUUGUUGAUUCAGUUUCAGUUGUGGUUGGAAAAAACAAAGCCUCCUGCACAGAAGCAUGCAGAGAUGAGAAUAAGUUGUGCCUUGAAUGGGGGUUACAAAUUGUAAAUCAGUAUCUGUUGCUAAUGCAGCCAUGGAAAGACAAAAACACUUUUAAUGUUGUGAUAGAGAAAAGGUCUAUUGAUUUCAAAAGUAUAAAAAUUGAGAAGUUUGAACAUGGAGAAGUCCCAGGGCUGAAGCACCAAAAUAAUACUUUUACCUUUGUCCAAGCUGAUUGAAAUAUAUUGAGAUGUGAUUCUAGAGCGGAAGAUGUUCAGCCAAUAUGUUCAUGCUUGAAGUAUCCUAUAGAAAUAGAUUAG